AUGAAGAACUUGCAGAGCACAGAAGAAUUACAGUCAUCAGCUCAAGCUUCUCAUGAGCCCAAGAUUGAACCGCCUAACAAUCACGCAACAGAUGCUCCUGUUGCAGACUCAGGCUCAGCAUCUGCUUCAAGCAAUGAUAGCAAAAAGGUUUCGCGGCAGGAUAUUGAGCUUGUCCAAAAUUUAAUAGAACGGUGCCUGCAAUUAUAUAUGAAUAAAGAUGAAGUGGUUAAAACACUACUGACUCGGGCAAAGAUAGAUCCCGGAUUUACAACUCUCGUGUGGCAGAAGUUGGAAGAAGAGAAUGCUGAUUUCUUCAGAGCCUAUUAUGUUAGACUAAAAUUGAAAAAGCAGAUACUUUUAUUCAAUCAUUUACUUGAGCAUCAAUAUCAUCUAAUGAAGUGUCCCAUGCCUCCAAAGGUUCCAUUGGCUCCAAUACAAAAUGGAAUCCAUCCUAUGCCUGUCAACAAUCUACCUAUGGGAUAUCCAGUGCUACAACAGCAUCCUAUGCCAGCAGCAGGUCAACCUCAUAUAGACUCCAUGGGUAUAUCAAGUUGUCACGUCGUUAACGGAGUCCCUGCACCGAGCAAUUUUCACCCUAUUCGAAUGAAUUCUGGGAACGAUAUGGUGAUGGACCACAGCGUGCCUGAUAUGGCUCCUAUGAUUCAACAAAACGGCACAAUGUCGUCCGUCUCAGAAAUGCCAGUGAGUCCGACAUCAGUAGCAUCAAGUGGUCAUUUCCCCUUCACCGCAUCUGAGAUAUCAGGAAUGGGCACAGAUGCAUCAGCUCUUGAUUCAGCAUUUACAUCCGAUGUGGUAAGUUCAGUAGGAUUACAGCUGGCACAAGACGGCGGAAACGGAAUUUCUCGAUCGCUGGAUCAAAUUCAAUGGAAUUUUAGCCUAUCAGAUUUAACCGCAGAUUUGCCAAACUUGGGAGAUCUAGGAGCUUUGGGAAACUAUCCGGGAUCGCCAUUUUUGCCAUCUGAUUCAGACAUGUUGCUCGAAUCUCCGGAUCAACAGGAUAUAGUGGAUGACUUCUUUGUUAAUUCUGAGCCUCCAUGCUCUCAAUCAGAUGAGGAGAAAUCAUAA